AUUGUGUUAAUGAGAGACUGUGGGAGCCUAAACAGCCAUUUUAAAUCACACAGUUGUUAAGUUUUGUUUUUGCUUGCACACAGCACAGUGCUGGGCAGAUAUUAAACGGAAGCCUCUAGCGUCAGUUUUCAGGGUGUUUGAAGGUUUAAUGCAACAAUGGCAGCCAUACAGCUCAGAUUCUUAUUAGUUUCAUUUUUUACAAGUAUUGCGGGAGAAGCACAAUAUGUAAUGCAAGAUGCUGGAUUGGUGCAUUACAUGGACCGCCGAAUUCUCUCAAUAGAGGUAUGUGGGUAUAUCAGUGAUAUCUGAAAAAUGAUUUUAUUUUCUGUGUGAAGUGGAUGUGUGCUUGGGAAAUAAAUUGCUUUCCUUUUAAAAUGAGCUCGUUUUUACAACUGUAGCUUUGAUUAUGCACAGUAAAGGUAUGAGGAACAGCCCAAAUGCAAGGUUGUUUAUGAAACUUGCUCCUAUUGAUUUUAUUAGCAAGUAAACGUGCAUGCUUGGAAUGGGUGCGAUCCAGCUAGAGUUAAAACACUUUGAAGUUAGUUGAUUUCUCAGUGGAAAGCAAGCAAAGGUUUACAUUGUGCUGAACAAGGGCUGUAUUGGGCAGGAUAGGAUCUAGGAUAUUUUCACUCUUUGGGUAAAAAUCCAUUUGAUAGUCUGUGUGAAAUUUGAAUGCCACAAGGAGCCAUCUACUCCUCAAACAGGACUUCCAAUAUCUCAAUUUCUGACCUUUACUACAUAGGUGUUCUGGUUAAGCUAAUGAGAUUCAUUGCAUCCAUUUUCACAAUGCUAAGUGGGAAAAUGAAAACUCCUGAAUCUUGAAAACACACUUUUUUACUAUAGCAGUUGGGUCCCCAACAUGAUCACCGUGGGCACCAUGGUACCCUCAUACACCUUGUUGACGAAGGUUGGGAACCCCUCCUGUAGCAUUAUGAAUCAUAUGCAUUCAGUCAGUGGAACAAGCAGUGCUAUUUUUCUAGAAAAAGAGGUGCCAGAAUUCACCUUGAACACCUCCCUUGUUCUCUUAGAAAGGCAAUGCCGGCCACCUAAGAGGUGCUGGAACUGAGUUUUAGCGAGUUCUUGCUGAAAGAAAGCUCUGGUAACAAGCUUUAAGAAGUUAUAAUUGUUUCAACACUGCAUGUGGGUUAGUAGAACAGGAGUUCGCUGUUAACUAUGUAUUGUACUAAUUAGCAAUGCAAUUCUAUAUGUGGGUAAUAAUAAUAAUAAUAAUAAUAAUAUCCACUGGGGCUUCCUCCCAUGUAAGUGUGCUUAAGAUUGCAGUUCUAUGUAUACUUGCCUAGGAGUAAACCACCCAAAAAAUCAAUGCUUGCUUUAAAAAUCAGUGCCUGCUGUUCUCUUUUCCAUUAUGAGUGAGAAUGUUUGAAAUUUUGGGGUGAUGUUGACAUUUCUUGAGAAAAGGUGCAGGCUAGGUGUUGUGCACACGAAGAAGGACCCAUAUUUUACUUAGCAGGAGUCCAUUAACUUUCACAAAUCCUCGACAUGAAGGUUUUUAGCAUCGUUCCAUCUUCAGGCCAGGUCAAUAGCAGCACAGGAAUGCUUCAGCAACAACAAAGCUGGCAGUUCUGCACCACCUCUUCUCAAAGGGUUUACAAUCUGAGGUAGAUGGGCACAGCAAAGGGAGCAAAGUCAGGAAAUGGCAGUGAUUAAUGGAGAUAAGUUAGAGGACAGACAAGUAAGAGGCAGUGAAGAAGCAAGCAGGGUGAAGCCAAGAUUAUGCGUGAUUACUACAGCUGUCACUUGAUACGGCUGAAUAACUGCUAUAAUCAAUCAUUGUGUGAUCAAUUGUCAUGGCUUGCUGCCUAUUAUCUCCUCAGACAGUCACGCCAAGAUUAGAACCAGGCUGGCAGGUGAUAGCUAUAGAGAUGUCAAUGAGACUGCUUUGUCCUGACUCACAGAGCCAGGGGUUUAUAAUACUCACCUCAAAUAGGAAGUGAGAAUUACAACCCCUUAAUUCUUCCCUGGCUCAGAUUUCAAUCCAAUUUGAUGAAGAAUUCCACUGCUCCCUGCCCCCAGGUCUGCCCAUCACUCAGCCAGUCCUCAAACCUGCAUCCUCCCACCCCCUUUCACUUCUAACCACUUACCAGGUUGUGGAUAUUACUCCAAGAAAGGAGGUCUCUCCCACCCACAGUUCCUCAUAUACUGCUGUUUGGUGUCCCAGGCAUGAGAAAUAUGUUUUCCCAAGAGUUAAUGAUAUCCAGUAGUUCUGGAUGGGGAGAACACCUAGAACUUGCCCCCCAGAUCUGAGGUUCCCUGUGCCUGAUUUAUAGGGUAGGAGUGGUGGGUGACAGAGUGUGUUUCUGAUCUUACUUCUUCCAUGAAUUUGCAGUUACUCCAGUCUUUUGUGAUGUUACACGAUUGAUAUGCAAGCUCACGUAUUUGCAAUCUCCAUACUUCUAUUUUUCAAGACAGGCAGGUAGGAAAAAAGGGUCUUUGCCUUCCCUUCUCUCACACAAUAGCUCCAGUCAAGGAAAGAAGGGGAAGCUGGCUUUGGAGGAGCUGCAAAGCUGGAGCUCUGAGUAACUGUACUCAGCGGACUCUUUUCUUUGGCUCUGUCCCCUCCAGCUGUGCAACAUCUGGAUCAGCAGGGGCCUCACUGGUGUCUUCCGCCAGCACAGCUACUAUUUUUGAAGCCUCCUGGAAAAUAAAUCAGUAGGUUGUGGUGAAAUUUUGCACUCAGCUGUUCUCAAACAUUUUGUAAAUACCCCCCCCCCCCCCAUUUUUAUGUGUCAUAUGACAAACACAUGUUUGUAUAUAUAUAUAUAUAUAUAUAUAUAUAUAUAUAUAUAUAUAUAAUAAUAAUAUAGUGUACCAUACAGGUAUACUAAUCCUGGAGCCAGGACUUGGUUUUUACUCCCUGUCAAGUUUAUACUUGGUAGCAGUCCUGCAUUUGCUCUAUUAGUAUGUGAAAAAAUUAUGUAUUUGAGGCAAAUCCAGUGUUUGGGAUUGAUGGAACCCUGGAGGCAGGAAGAAUAUAUUUGUGCUGAUGUAUAUUUGAAUAGGGAAAAUCCAUAAAGAACAGGAAAAGCGCAUUUAUACACCCAAAAGUCCAUCAUAGUUACCAGCAGUGAUACUGCUGUUUUCUGGAUAAAAUAGAGGCUGAACUUUUUAGAAUACAAUGGUACCUCAGGUUACAUAUGCUUCAGGUUACAAACGCUUCAGGUUACAGACUCCGCUAACCCAGAAAUAUUACCUUGGGUUAAGAACUUUGCUUCAGCAUGAGAACAGAAAUUGUGCUCCGGCGGCGCGGCAGCAGCAGGAGGCCCCAUUAGCUAAAGUGGUGCUUCAGGUUAAGAACGGUUUCAGGUUAAGAACGGACCUCCGGAACGAAUUAAGUACAGUCAUACCUCGGCUUGAAUGUGCUUCGGGAUGAGCACGUUACUUCCGGGUUUCGCCGCUUGCACAUGCGCAGAAGCUCAAAAUGACAUCAUGCCCAUGCGCAGAAGUGCCGAAACGUGACAUGCGCAGAUGCGCUGCCAUGGGUUACGUUUGCUUCUAGAUGCGAACGGGGCUCUGGAACAGAUCCCAUUCGCAUCUAGAGGUACCACUGUACUUAACCUGAGGUACCACUGUAUUCUUUUAUGGGGGGGGAAUAAAUUACAAUUCCGCCAAAUAAUUACGUGGGUUGUGUUUUUUUCAUUGGGCAUACAUGUUGCUUAUAUAAGAAUACAGUUUUCAAACUCUUUUCUCAUUCAGUACAUUUACCUUGUACCAAAACAACACUCCUAAAAUGUCCAGUUUCCAACUGUUCCACAGUACAUGCCUAGACAUGUCUACUCAGAAGUAAAUUCCACUGUUUGUAAUGGAGCUUACUCCCAGGUAAGUGUGUAUUGGAUUGCACACCCAGCUCCUUAAAAAAAAUCUUUCUGUCCUUUUGGGCCUCAUUGCGCUUCAACUUAGGACCAAACUGGCCAGUUUUACCUCACAUAGUUGUUUCUUGUUUAGUAAGCACUACAGCAGGACUGAGCCAUCAGGAACAUGGUGGCAGGGAAUGACUUUAAAACUUUGUCCCUGCCAUGGUCCCAAUCAGAAUUACAGCCCUUGUCUGCCAUUUGCAAUGGGAAGCUCUUGUUGAGGAAACAGGUUCCAAGGCAGCCAUGUGAACUUACCCUCAGUCUGCCAGGAUUCACGUAGAAAACAGUGCUGGUGGCGUGAGAGAUAAGAUGCCAGAGCCUGACCUCUGGGAAUUCUGACUUGAGACGUGACCUUCCACCACCACCCUCCAAGGGCCAUACUGCAUGCUUCAAUGCUAAAAUUAAUUUUAGAAAAAUCUCUUAGUUACGGUAAGCCAGAAGAGAAAUGGAAUGCUGACCAAAGCAAACAAGAGGGACAAUAAAGUAAUGGAAUGCAGCUUACCAAAUCAAGGAAGUUGUUUUUGGUGGUUUCACCAGUGACCUUCUCAUAAAAGAACAUUAACUUUAGAGUACUUUCUCAGUGGGGUUCUCCUAACAAGCCUUCUGCAGAUUUCCUGGUGGAGAGGGUGGGAAUAUGACCUCACCCCACUUUUCUGCAUUAUUCCCAGAUAUAAAUUUGCACUGUGUCCCUUCUCAGCCUUCCUUAUUCCUAGGGGCAUCUCUGCAUGUGUUUUUAACAUAUCAGAGUGUUGUUUUCCAUAUGAGCAAGCCCACGAUUGGGAUCACGGGUGGCGCUGUGGUCUAAACCACAGAGCCUAGGGCUUGCUGAUCAGAAGGUUGCCGGUUUGAAUCCCCGCGAUGGGUGAGCUCCCGUUGUUCAGUCCCAGCUCCUGCCCACCUAGCAGUUUGAAAGCACGUCAAAGUGCAAGUAGAUAAAUAGGUACCGCUCUGGCGGGAAGGUAAAUGGUGUUUCCGUGCGCUGCUCUGGUUUGCCAGAAGCGACUUAGUCAUGCUGGCCACAUGACCCGGGAGUUGUCUGCGGACAAAUGCCGGCUCCCUCGGCCUAUAGAGCGAGAUGAGCAUGCAACCCCAGAGUCAUCCGCGACUGGACCUAACGGUCGAGGGUACCUUUACCUUUAAGCCCACGAUUGACCCAGGACUCAGCUAUACAGCUGCAAAUACAGUGGUACCUCGGGUUAAGUACUUAAUUCAUUCCGGAGGUCUGUUCUUAACCUGAAACUGUUCUUAACCUGAAGCACCACUUUAGCUAAUGGGGCCUCCAGCUGCUGCCGCACCACAGGAGCACGAUUUCUGUUCUCAUCCUGAAGCAAAGUUCUUAACCUGAAGCACUAUUUCUGGGUUAGCGGAGUCUGUAACCUGAAGCGUAUGUAACCCGAGGUACCACUGUAUAAUGUUUUGUGUUUAAGUGCAUUAUACAAAUGUGACACUAGAUGGUGCAGAUGAGCUUGCGGCUAAUUCCGUAUAUAUUUUAAAACGUUUUCUUUAAAAAAGUAUUUCCACAGUGUUUUUUAUAUCUGUGUAGAUCCACUUCCACUGUCUCAUCCUUCCCCCAUGGUAAAGGACUGCAUGUACUGUAUCUGUUACUCUCCACUGCAUUCAAAAUGCGAUGUGUGGCAUGGAUGUUCUAUGCAGAGGCUCAGUUCACAUGCUUCCUCCUCUUUUUCUAGAAAAAUAGCAUAGGUUAUGUGCAUGGUAGGGAAAAAAUGCAGGUGCCUGCUCUGUCAUGGAAAGAAGAUCAUUGCUGGCGCCAUAAGCUUAGGAACCAGCUCUAAAUAUGGAGCAGACCAUCUAUAAGGGACUGGAUAAUUAAAAUCUGGAAUACAGUUUAUAUGGUGAGAAUCAGAGAAAGCAGACAACUUGACCUCUUUCUAGAAAAACUACAUCUCUUCAUAAAUUAUUGGUGUAAAUAAGAUUCAAGACCAUGUAAAUCUGUAUUACUCAGAAUUUGGCUUAUUUUUGAAUUAUUAUUUUUAUUUUAUUUUGCUUUUGUUCUUUGUUCUGGUGGUUGUUGUUGUUGUUGUCUUUGCUUUGCUUUUGCAAGGUUUAGAAUUUGCAUUUUUUUAAAAAAGAAAUUUGAAAACUGAUUGCAACAUUACAAAGGAAGCUUUUCAGAUAGAAUAAACGAAUAAGGAACUUGGCACCAUGCAUACGGAUUCAUUCUCAGAGUUUGAUCCCAAUAAUUUCUGGCAACAGACAUUCAGUAACAUGUCACAGAAACAGGAGACAUAGUUAAUUCGUCUGAAAUGGAGAAAAGCAAUGUUAUUUUAAAUGUAGAGCCUAUUUGGGAAAACCAUUAAACUAGUUCUCUGUCUAUAAAUGCCCCUGUCUGUGUUCUAACUAAAGAACAGGUUAAACAAAUGCAAUCAAGAUAUUGCAGAUUACGUCCAGGAAUUCCGAGAGUUUUCCAAGAGGAUGAUGUCGCGCCUGGAAGGACUCAACGUUUUGAAGACAGAUCUUAAAAAUGAUGUUGACCAUUUGCUAACAAGAGUGGAAAGAGCGCAAAGGGAAAUUGACUAUUUUGAAUCGGCAAAGGAGUCCCCCGACACCUGCGUGGAAGUCGACGAGGACCUUGUGGAGCAGCAAUUAAUGGAACAAGAGGAGUCGAAACAGAAAGUCAAGCUCAUGCUCAAUGCAAGUAAGAACAGUUUAGCUACAACGUUUUAAAAUUAUCCUUUUAGGCCAGGGAUAGUGAACCUGUGGCUCUCCAGAUGUUGUUGGACUCCAAUUCCCAUCAGCCCCAGGCAGGUUGGGCAAUGGUCAAGAGGAUGGGAUUUGUAGCCCAACAACCUCUGGGAGGGCUAUAGGUACCACAUGCUCGCUUUAGUCAAUGUAUCAGUAUUUCAGCUCAGUUCUCAUGGUGUGAAUCUUGAAUUGAAAGUGGAUCAGCCUGAUGAAAACAUUAUGGUAACACAUCAAUUCCCAUCCCUGUUUGCAGCAUCAAACCAUGAAAUAGAAGAGUAAGAAUUUGUGUUUCAUGGUUUGAUGUUGCAAAGCAGAGAUGGAGUUGCUGGACUCCAGUUCCCAUCAUCAUUGACCAUUGACAGUGCUGUCUGGGACUGAUGGAAGUCAAAGUCGAACAACAUCUGGAGGACAACAGGUUCCCCUGUUCUGCUUUAACAUCAACAUAAUUGGCACAGGACGGUAUGCAUCUAAAUAACUGUGCAGGUGAACUUUCCCCCUUUCCUCUCCCCUGAUGUGCCCCCAUCACCCCCAGAUCUACUGUGGAGGGUUGGGUCAAUCACCAGGACAGAUUUGGGUGAAGGCAGAGAGGGGGAGAACAUUCUGUUGCACAAGAAUAAAUCCUUGAGAUGAUGGAUCAUUCCCAUUAGUAUUACUCUGAAUACAACCCACAUAUAUAAACAGGGAGGGAUUGUAAAGAGAUGGAGAUGGCUUCCAUCUGUAUGAUUCCCCCACACACAUGUGUAUCAUUAUUUCCUGCUGUUCAAUGUCAAGAUCACACAAGAAUGUGCGUAACUUACAGCACCAUUUUAUACCAGGCUACCCAGAAGUAUGUCCCAAUGGGUUCCAUAGGACUUGUUCCCAAGUAUUUGUUUAUAGGUUUGCACAGUUAGCAGCAAACCACAAUAAAUAAAUACAGAAGUUAAGAGGAGCACCAUCAAGAUUUAGUGAAAGUCUUUAUUCCUUCUCAAAUCACCCCAGAGGAAUGUUUCUGGGUUCUGAAAUACUGAAAUAUAAUCCAUACACCUUGGACUUCUUCACAAUUUUCAAUUUGGGGUGAUCAGUCGUUGCACUGGUUAUUAGAUUCAAGCAUGGCAUGCACACCAAAUAACAAUAAUUUGUAAUUUGAGUUUCAAAAGCAAUGGGUACUUAGUCCUAGGAGGACAAUAUUAUUGCUCUUUUCUUUCUCUCUUCAUUGCAUGAUUGCACACAAACACACACAAGAAUAUUCUUGUACCUCCUGUUCAUAUACUUGUUACAUUACUUUUGUAGUACAGGAAAACAUACAAAAACGGUGGCAUUAUAAAAAGAUUGCCCUUGGGAAAUUACUUACACUAAGCUAGGGAAGAAAAAUGACUUGUUCUUCCACAGUGUGCUUUCGGAUAUUCACAUAAGCAUUACAAGCUAUGCAAGCCCUUUGCUGCUCCAUGAAUAUCCCUUUCUAGACAGUUAAUGCACAAAACAUUCAAAAACUACCAGUAUUUUCUAUAUUAUCCAUAUAUCUAACCCAAGGUCAUAAUGGAGGUCUUCCACCUUUGGCUGAUCCGCCUAAAAAUCUGUUGUGAUCUUCUUGCAGCAGACGUUGCUAAAAUGUGGGCAAUCUGUCUUGAUCUAAUUUAAUUUUUGCUGCAAUAACUAUUCUUUGUUCAACCUAUGCCUAAUUGUCACAGUUUUGACACGGUCUAUAAAUUUAUAUUUUCAGUUCAGGAAACUCUUGGUUUGUUACCUUUCCUUUUUUCAGUUAUUGGAUUGGAUUCAGACUAAAGAUAGUUGACCCUAGCUCCCCUUUAAAUCAGUGGGACAAAUCAGUAAUGACUGGAUUUCCAUUUGAUUUUAGUGGGAACCACACCUGUCCCCAACUCUUAAGCAUGUGGGACAGAUGUGGGAGGUACUUUGCAAGCACAAAAGAAUUAUUUCCUUGUUAUUGGUUUUAAUGCAGGCUGGCUGUGAUAUGGAGCACUAUCUAUUGCGAAUGUUUCCAGUACAAGGCUGACCAAACUGGAGUUGUGGGAGAAUGUUCUGGGCCUCUUUGGACAUCACUGAUCUUCAUUUCAGUGGCUAGAAGUACUGUUUGUCCUUCUUUCAAAGGAAGCACGAAAGUCUCAUUUUAGUCUGAGAUGAUUCAGGGCUCCCCAGUACUGAAAGGCUUUCAGGGCUAUUAGUUAUCCCCCAACUGUAUACAUAAGCAAUAGCUAUGGGCAUCCAAGACUACAAACUCCCCCAAAGGGAAUGGAAAUAUAUCCACUUGUUUCAAUUAAUUUGGAGUAGGCUCCCGAAGAGGAAAGUGAUAGUACUACAGAGAUAGUUUCAUAAGCCUGUUCUGUAAUGUUUUCUGCUGCAGCUUCCUACCUAAAGGGCUUGUUUACUCUGUUUGGCUGCAAAUGCUGCGUCUUAUUAAAAGACAUUCUUUAGAGUCCAAACAGGGUCUCUUUUCACUCCGUAUUGCCUUGGGCAGGCAGAGGAUAAUGCUUGGGUCCUGGAUUGUGCCCCAGAAAGAGCUGUGCAGCCCCCUACUGUGGAUUUACAGUGGUACCUUGGUUUUCAAACUUACUCCAUUCCGGAAGUCCGUUCCAAAACCAAAGCGUUCCAAAACCAAGGCAUGCUUUCUCAUAGAAAGUAAUGCAAAACGGAUUAAUCUGUUCCCAACUUUAAAAAACAACCCCUAAAACAGCAAUUUAACAUGAAUUUUACCAUCUAAUGAGACCAUUGAUCCAUAAAAUGAAAGCAAUAAUCAAUGUAUUGUACUACAAAAUAAAUAAGACAGUAUUGUAGAUGGGGGGGGGGGAAUUUUCUUACCUGCACUGAUAAUAGUCAUUGUUUGGAUGGGAGGGCUUUUAUCCAUUUCCACAUUCACACAAUCAGUAGCUUAACUGGGUUCCACAGUCACAAAAACAAAUUAACUGAAAAAGACACAAAAACAAAAAUGCAAAAUAAAUAGCAAAAGCAAAAGCACCCAACUUAAUCCGUUCCGUUUGACUUCCGAAAUGUUCGAAAACCAAGGCACAGCUUCUGAUUGGUGCAGGCACCCGGGAAACAAUAGCUGACAACCGCAUCAGAUGUUUGGCUUCCGAAAAACAUUAGAAAACUGGAACACUUACUUCCGGGUUUUUGGCAUUUGAGAACCAAGGUACCACUGUAGUUGGGGAGGGUUGCCCUCAUGACAAAGUAUACAGGACUUCUUCAGGAGCGUUCCAACAUCGGAACAGAACUGAGGGCUGGUUAAAAUCAGUUUUUCUUAGCCCUCAUCAGAGGCCGCUGUUUGGGUAGAGAAAGUAUGCAGGGGGACAUACUAACCCCCCACCAUUUCACAACCAAGGUCUUUCAUCAUGUGAGGAGCCUCCAUGCGAAUAGGAGGCUCCCUGUUUCAGACUUUUGUCCUUCUUUAACUUAGAAGGUGAUCAGAACAGCAAUGGAGGGGGGGUGAAGUUAGUGCCCUUGCCCGUGCCUGACCCCAUGUUUACUUUCCCUUACCUGCAAUGCCUGAAGAUGUCUCAUGUGGUGUUUUGGUACUGUGGUGAAUGUAUGAGUGCUGCUGAAUGUAUGCUUGGCUGGCUUUUGCACGCAGAAGCUUCCAGACUCAGCUUAUAGUGUCUCCAGUUUUGUUUUCAUUUCUUUUAAAAAGGAAAUCAGGUAGCAGAACUCCUGCCAGGAGUAUAACUCCCAGUCUAAGUAGAUAAUGGCCUGCCUGCCUCAUGUGGCUUUCCUCUCUGCUAGUCUAAAUGCAAACAAACCAAUGUACCAAAAGAGUAUUGUGGCUCAUGGGGAUUCUAUUAACAAAAACAGGUGGAAUGCCAGUGUGAGGAGAGACCGAAAGUUACUUCAGAAUAACCCAAAAGUUAAUUUCUCUUUCAUCUAAAACUAGAGCAAAGUCUGGUGCAUGUGGACUAUCCAUAACAAACCAUAUCUGUCUUUUGGACUUAAAAUGGUUCUUUUUCAAUUACUCUAAACAUGGAGGAAGCAGCUGCCUGAUUUCAGAGGACAGGUAUAAUUUCAAGGAAAAGAGAUGCAGAUGUUAAGAACAUCUGGUCAGCAAGUAGUUGAAUGGGAAAACCAUGCUGAAGAAUGGGGAAGAGUGAAGAGCUCCACCCUAGUCCCUGUAGUGACUGCUACAUCCUCUUCCACAGACUUUGUUUGCUGCUAAAUUGAUUUGACAAUUAGGAAGUCCAGGCAGUACUCGGUGAAAUGGACUUUGGUUUGGGGGCAUCCAGUUGCUGAUCUCUGAUGUAUCCAAUACCAGCCACUCCUAUCCCUAAAAUUCAUCGAGGGCAAGGAGUUUUGCUCAUGGUUCCUGCUAGGAUUCACUCUGUGGAGAUUACAGGGCCUUUUUAAUAGUGGCACCCCAACUUUGGAAGAUUCUCCCCUGGAACCAUGUUUGUCUCCUUGCCUGUUUAUAUUUAGAUGUCAGUCAGGGGUGCCAACUUGAAUGAAAUAUUGUGGGGGCCCAGGUAAGCCCCACCCCACGUAAUCAUGACACAGUGCACACACACAAUUUGAAUGGCAAUGCCCAUCAAACUUGCAGGAGCCAAGCCUCCUCAAAUAUUUUAUUGUGGGGGCUGAAGCCCACAUGGCCCCAUGGGGUCGGCUCCUGUGAUGUCAGUUAAAGACAUAUGUGAGUACCCAGGCUUUUAUAAAUCAAGGCUACUUGUUUUGAUGCACAACAGCUGGAAAUGGUUAUUGCAUUUUAAUGGUUAUGAUAUUGUACAGAUAUUUAUGGCUGUUUGCAUUAGUUUUAUUUAUUGGAUGUAUUUUGUUGCUCUGCUUUAUCACCCUGGGAUCCUUUGGGAGGGAGGGCAAUUCAGAAAUCAAAUAAAUAAGCAAGCAACUGGCUGUGAAGAAACAGGAGACAAAAACAGCACAAUACACCACAGAAAACAUCAUAUCUGCAGAUGCUUUUCUGGAAGUCUGGUAAGGCAAUUCUGGCUUGGGGUGUAUCAGAUGGGAUAGAGAUAGAUCAAUUUCGAUAAUCUAUUCACUGUUCCAUUUCGUUGUUUUCUUUGACAGAAUGUAGACCAAUUGUGACGUGCGAUGGUACAGGAAACAAUUUACACUUUCCUGAAUUAUGCUGGAUGGGGAAAAUAUUCAAAUGCUAAAGCAGAGAACUUACGGCAUAUGUGUUGAUGCUUCUUUUUGUAUUUACCUUCCCCCCACCCCCUUUCAAAGGUUGUAACCACAUGAUUGCAGGCUUCAAAUCCCUGAAGAUUGUAAAGAAGUCUGGAGACACACAGGGCUCAUGGCUGAAGGACCCCAUCAAGAACCCCCAAAAGAUCUAUUUCUUAACUGGGGUAAAGAACAAAAUUGUAAUGGAGUUUGCAAAUAUCCGGGCUUUUACUGAAAGCGGUGAGAAACAGUCAGCUCGCAGAGUUAACCUGCCUUUUCCCUGGCAAGGGACAGGCCAUGUUGUAUAUGACGGUUUUCUGUUUUAUCACAAAUUUGGCUCCUUAAAUGAGAUAAUUAAGUUUGACAUUCAGAAAAGAAAUGUAACUGGCCAGCUGCUGCUGUCAGGAGCAGGAGAAACCUUCGCCUAUGAUCUUCUUCCUUCCACUAAGAUAGACCUAGCUGUGGAUGAACUGGGAUUGUGGGCAAUCCACACAGAGCCAGAUACUGGUAGAAAGCUGGUCAUUUCUAAAAUCAACUAUGAAACCAUGGCCGUGGAAUAUACCUGGGACACAUCCUGCAAAAGCCAGAAUGCCGAAGCGGCUUUUAUGAUGUGCGGCGCCCUGUACGUAGUGUACAAUUCACCAGGGGGAGGUACGUCUCACAUCAAGUGCAUUUAUGACACCUUAGAUGCCAUCAAUCCUUAUGAAAUCCCGACGCUUCCUUUCCCCAAACGCCAGACGAGUCACUCCAUGGUGCAUUAUUACCCCAGAGAAAAGCAACUCUUUGCCUGGGAUAAUGGAUCCCAGGUCAUUUACAAGCUACUGACAAAGCUAAAAAAUUAAUAAAAGCAACAACAUAAAAAUCUCUAUACUAAACAACUUGCCAGUGUAAAUAUGGUAAUGAAUUUACAAGUACUAGUGACUGAGAGGUUAUUUUUUUCUGCUUGCCCAUAGUUUACACUUAUUUUUACUCUUUAUUUUGCCUUUAAAAAAGAAGAUUUUUCACCCCUUUCCCCUAGAUUGGUGCAGUGCUCUGGAAUGGCCUUUCCCUUCCUUGCAAACAGAGCCAACUUUCUGAGGCAGCAACCUGAAUUUGGUGGCAGAUUGGGAGGGAGGCGGCAAAUCAACAGGUUAGGGUGGCUGAGGAAGUGAGAGAAAGAGAAGGUGAUACUGGUUGGUAUCCCCCUCUCUCCUGAUAAGAACUUGCAUGAAAGUGGCCCCCAACUUUUCUCGCAGGCUCCUAUAAGAUCAGUAUAAACAGUUAGACCUGGUGAGCAUUUAAGGUCCCCAUCCCUAAUUUGCGGAUUGCCACCUGAUUAGAUUUCACUUUGAUUCUGAUUUGAUUUUAGGAUGUAUUUAAAUUGAUCAUUUGAUUUUAUGGUAAUAUGUUAUAUAUUUAAUGUUAGCCGCUCUGAGCCCGGUUUUGGCCGGGGAGGGGCGGGUAUAAAUAAAAAUUAUUAUUAUUAUUAUUUGUGAAAGAGACAAGCAUGUAAUUCUUGGCCUGGGCACAAGGGAGAAUAGUACAUAGUUACUGUUGUUUUGCUGCAGCCACACAACAUUAUACAGACUGGUUGCUUUCAGUCCCCCUUCUCUCCCAGCUAUCUUUCUCUUUCCUUUCCUGCUCAUUUUCCCCCCACCUCUGUUCCCACCCAGAACUUCUCUUUCCCUGGAAUAAACAGGGAGUCCCAUUCAGUGUGGAAUAAUGGCUUGUUACUUGUAGGUCUGAUUAGCACCUGGGAGACUAGGGUUCAAAUCCCCACUCAGUUGUGUAGCUCACUGGUUGACCUUGGACCAGACACUCAUUCCCAGCCUAACCUGCCUCACAGGGUUGUUGUGUAAGGAUAAAGUGGGGAGGAGGAGAACUAUGUCCUCCACUCUGGAGUGCCUAGGAGAAAAGGUGGUAUAUAUAGGCAAUAAAACAAAAUAAAUAAAGCCACACCAUAGAUAUAGCACACUUUUAAGGCACAAGACUGCCCCAGAGAACUGUAGUUGGUUACAGGUGCUGGGAAUUGGCUCUGUGAAUGGUAAACUCUGGUUCCCAGGGUUCUUUGAAGAAGGCCAUGUGCUUUAAAUGUAUUGUUUGGAUAUGACCAGGGAUACCAUUGGUGUUCUACUUUAACAGCAAAAUGACUUGCGGUACCACAGCAAACAGAUGGUCAGCAGAGGGGGGCGGGGGACAGAGGGGAUUCCAUAACUGCAGCACCAAGUACUUCAGAUCAGGUUUCCCACUGUAAACAUGCAAUAGGUUACAGGCAGUUCCCUCUUGACAGCAGUCUCCUGCACAUGUGGUCUUCUCCUGCAGCAUGUUUGAGUGUGAGAGUUGCCCUCUCACUAGACUGGGACCUAGGUAUAAAAUUCUGACUGCUCUUGUAGCGCCUUUUAAUUCUGAUACAUUUUAAUGGAGCACAGCGAGUAACUCUACAUUCCACCAUGUAGACGCAUGCUAUCUAUAUAAUGUUAUAGCAAACAGUGAACUUGUUUGUACUGUAGAGGAUAUAUUUUUAAAAAUGUAAAAUAAAAGAUCUAUAUAUUGGC